AUGGAGGAAAAAUGUUCAAAGAUCAGGCUAUGGGAGGUGGAUGGUUACCUUGCUUUUCAUCAGGGAUGGAAUAUUUUUGUUUCAUACCAUUUGAUCAAGUGGGGUGAGUUUCUGUUGUUCGAGUACACUGCCAAUUCAAUAUUUUCUGUGCGGGUUCUUAGUAAAGAUUCUCUUGAAAGACUACAUUUCAAUGUUGAAAGCAAAAGAAAAGGUGUUAGGAAGAAACAGACAUGGAGUAAUAUGUCACCUGAUGAUUUGAUCUCAUUCGAUGGGAACUCAGAAGACAUAGAUGAUGACCACUAUCUUUCUGGUGAAUAUCCUAGGGGAAAAGAUCCUAUAACACAUCAUGUGACUGUUGAAGGCCCUAAAAAAGUUGAGCGUGGGGUUGGGUCUGGACCAGAGGCUCUAGUUAAAAAGAAUGAAAAUUUGGUCAAUCGACAGUACAAAACAAAGGGAAUUUCUCCACUGCGCGGCCAAGAAAAAACAAAAGUGAAACAUGUAUUAGAAUUACAUGAUUCAAAUGAAGAUUUAAGAACGAAACAAGAAAUAGAUUCCAUUCAUUUAGAACCUACUACAGCCGCGGAGAGGUAUUAUAAUAAUAGCAAGACGAAUAUCAGUCAAAACAUUUACAGAAAAUAUGAAGCUCCUGAAGGUUUUCUAUGCUUGGAGAAGUGGAGGAAUGAGGGUAUUGUGAGCGGUCGAGCAGCUCUUGAUGACACUGGACUGAUUAAACCUAAAAAUCCAACAAAAAAACUGAUAGCAAAUUGGUAGGUGAUUAUGAUGCAAUUGGACUAAACCCUGUCGACAAGUGCUUUUAGUCUGAGGGCACUCAUGCCUGUGUCCAACCAAUAUUCACCAUGCCUGUCAAAGAACCCCCAAGUCCUGACAAGGUAUCCAUAUGAGGACACGGUGGGACAGAGAUCGACCAUAGUAUCGAUGAAAAAGGUGGAGGUGUGCUACAUGUAAUAAUUUUCUAUGAUUUUCUACCACUAUUUGUUACCAAAUCUUUUUGUACUGCUUCUUUCAAAAAAAGAAUUCUUUUGUACUGUUCAUUAUGGAGAUAAAUUAUAUUUAUAGCAUAUAUUGAAUGUCUAUUUGAUAGGUGCUGCUGUUAAACUUCACACCAAAAAGGAACAAUUGAAAACCGUGGGAAGCAUUGUAAAUAGCCAAAGGAACAAUAUCUCUGCGUGUGCAAACCCUGUUAUUGCGGGUAAUCAUGGUUCAAUAGGACUAAACCCUGUUAAGUCUGAAGGAACUUGUGCAUUUGUCGAAUCAGUACUUACCAUGCCCGUUGAGAAAUCCUCAAGUCCUGACAGGAUGUCCAAAUGUGAAAGUAGCAGGGCAGAGAUCAAUCAUAAUGCCGAUGGAAAAGGUGGGAGUGUGCUCAUAACUUUCUACAGUUACUGCAACUAAUUUUGUUUUCGAAGCUCUCUUGGACUGUUUAUUUUGGAGAUAAGUUUUACUUGUAGCAUAUACUGAAUACCUAAUUGGUAAGCUCUACUGUUCAAUUUGAAACAAAGAUGAAUCAAUUGGAGCCAGUGAGAGGCAUUACAAAUAGCCAAAGUACCAACAUUCCUGUGCGUGCCAACCAUGUAGUUGCAUGUCAAUCAGGGUAAGAUCUAAACUGCUUGCUCUGGCGUGUAAAGGUGCAGAUUAAUCAGAUAUAGAUAGUAUAGUUGUUACAAGUUGUCUAACAAAUAUACAACUAUUUUGCAGUCAU